GUCUUAACUUUGCAGCAGGGCAGGUGGCAGCAGUUGUCAUGGAGAUAACCGCAGGCCCGGCGUCGGCGCGCGGGGUUGUUUCCAUGGAGAUCCCGAGGCGAGGUGCUCUGGCAGCGGUGGAGGAGGACGAGGAGCGCGGGCAGACGAGCACCGAAGAGCGGCUCCAGCCGACCUCCCGCCAGGGAAACUUCUACAUGCUCAUCGUGAUCGGAGAGAUCGCGACAGAGCACCAGCUGCACACCGCCAGACAGCACAUAGAGCGCGGUAUUCGUACUUGGGACAUCAAUGUGUCAGAAUGUGACCUGGACCAACAACUACAGCUUUUCAUAACCAGACAUUCCGCCCAGUUCUCAGCCGAGGUCAGAGGUCAAAGGACUCUGCACCACAAAAGUGAUGUUCUUGAAACGGUUGUAUUAGUGAACCCAUCAGAAGAUACUGUUAUCUCUGAGAUCCAUUGUCUUGUAUCUGACCCAGCUGUGCACAAGCUGCUGGUCCUGAGUGGGCAGAGUUCUGACCAAGGUGACCUGGUUCUCCAAACUGGAGUGUUCAGUCAUCAAACCUUCUCACGUGUGUUUGCUGAUCCUGGGGUCAGUAAUUUGCUGGUUAAAUCCAGCUCUGGACAGCGGGCAACACUGACUGUGUCUUGCCGUGGUGAGGCAGGCUGGAGCUCUGUGGGGCAACAGCAACACAUUCGGGAGUUGCUGAAUUAUAGGCUGAAUCCAGAGCCUACCCUCCCUAAGAUGGAGGGGGUCACUGAGUUUACCGAAUACAUAUCUGAGACUGUGGAUGUACCAUCCCCAUUUGACCUUCUUGAGCCUCCAACCUCUGGAGGAUUCCUAAAGCUGUCAAAGCCUUGCUGCUACAUCUUUCCUGGUGGACGGGGGGAUUCUGCGCUUUUUGCCGUCAAUGGUUUUAACAUUCUGAUUGACGGUGGCUCUGACAGAAGGUCAUGCUUCUGGAAGCUUGUCAGACAUUUAGAUCGUAUUGAUUCUAUCCUUCUUACCCAUAUUGGUGCUGAUAAUCUUCCCGGGAUCAAUGGACUCCUUCAAAGGAAGGUUGCAGAACAAGAGGAAGAACAGUCUCAAGGUUCAACCACCUACAGUGAUUGGAUGAAAAAUCUGAUAUCACCCGAGCUUGGAGUUGUGUUCUUCAACGUACCUGAGAAGCUUCGCACAUCAGAAUCAAAUUUGAAAGUCAAGCGAAGCAUUGAGGAAGCCUCUCUUACAUUGCAAUACCUCAACAAGCUAGGAAUUAAGCCUGAGCCUCUUUUUCGAGUGGUCAGUAAUACCAUCGAGCCCAUCACUCUUUUUCACAAGAUGGGUGUGGGCAGGUUAGACAUGUUUGUCCUGAACCCUGUGAAGGACAGUAAGGAAAUGCAGUUCCUCAUGCAGAAGUGGGCAGGUAACAGCAAGGCCAAGACAGGGAUAGUGCUUCCCAAUGGAAAAGAGGGAGAAAUAUCUGUACCGUAUUUGACAUCUAUUACUGCACUCGUUGUAUGGCUCCCUGCCAACCCUACAGAAAAAAUUAUCAGAGUUUUGUUUCCAGGAAAUGCACCGCAGAACAAAAUUCUUGAAGGGCUUGAAAAGUUGAAGCACCUUGAUUUCUUGCGGUAUCCGGUAGCCACCCAAAAAGACAUAAAUUCUGGCGUUUCACCUUCAGCGGUAAAACAAACAAAGCUAAAACAAAGAACUGACAGCAAAGAAAGUCUCAAAUCAUCUCCCAAGACUCAAGCACCAGCUAAGCCUUUUAAGAAAGAAACCGAUGAGCAUGAGGAUGUAUCCAUUGUCGACAUAAAGAGUGACUCUGUCAAUGAGAACAAGAUUGAGAAAAAAGAAGAAAAGAAGCACACCAAGCCACUGAAACCAAAAGCAGAUGUGGCAGAAAAGAAAAAAUUAUUGAAGGAGAAAUCACUGAAAAAACACCCUAAGGAAAGGGUGUCUAAAAUGGAUGAAAAGAAAGACAAAGAAAAGAGGGAAGUUAAAAAAGAAAGACGUGAAAUUAAAAAAGAUGAUGCUGUGAAAAAAGAUGAGAAAAAGUUUAAAGCCAAGGACACUUCAAAACCAGAACUGAGAAAAAUAACUAAACCUGACCUGAAACCUUUUACACCAGAGGUCAGAAAGACCCUCCACAAGGCCAAAACCCAAGGAAAACCCAAAACAAUAAAGAGCAAACCUACAACUGCCAAGGUAGAGAGUGCAGAGAUUGUGGCCGAACCAGUGGCUGAAAAGAUUGAGCCUGAGAAACCUGAAAAAGGGACAGGAGAAGUAAUAUCUGCUCCAUCUACUCCAGAAGAUUUAACAAAAGACUUUGAUGAAAUGAGACCCACUGAAACGACAGAUCAAUCUGAAGCUCCUAAAAGUGCCCUUACUGUCUCUGAAUUACCAGCUGAAAGAGACAAUGAAACUUCAGAUGUUGCAGAGGAGCGAGAACAAGUUCAUGUUACAGAAACCGAUAUUGUGGAACAAAAAACUACAGAGAAAGCAGCAGCACCAUCAGCAGAAAUCCAAGAAGUGCCAUCAGCAGAAGUGAAAGAACAACAGGAUGAGACCCAAACAUUAGAAUUAGAGAAAUUUGAGGAUGAGGGUGCUGCAAUUGAAGAUGAAGAUGAGGAGGAGGUUGAGAUACAGCCUGUUAAGAAGACGACAGAUGAGGAGGAGGAGGAAGACAUGGGAAUAGGAGAUGAAGAGGAUGAAGGAGCAGCAAAGGAAACCAAAGAUUUAGAGGGCAUGGACAGAAAACAUGAAAUUGAGGAAAUGGAGAAGCAAAAACAAGUGGAGGAAAGAAAGACUGAAGCUGAAGAGGAGCAGUUUGAAGAAGAGGAUGUGAUUGAAAAAGCUGAGCUAGAGGAGGCAGAGGAUUUGGAUGCCAUUGCAGAUGAAGAAAUAAAGGAUUUCUCUGCUGAGAAAGUCAAGGAAGAAGAGGAUGCAUAUUUGUCAAACGUUGGAGGUGUUACAGCUGGCAUUACCUCUACAGCCCAAGGAGCUGCAGCAGCAGAAAACUUAUCAUACAUUCAGGAUGAAACCAUCCCUGGUUACUCUGAGACUGAACAGACCAUCUCAGAUGAGGAGAUCCAUGAAGAAGCAGAGGACAGGAUACCACACCUUCAAUAUGAGGUUGGUAGCUAUGAUGUCUCCGUCCCAGACCAACCAGGCUCCUUUGAUGCCAUCCAUGGAAUGAGAGAAAUGCAAGCUGCUGCAAUGGGCAAUGGAACAGACAAAGUAUUGAUUGGUGCACAGGAGCCACCUAUUUCCAUCUACACCAGCAUACUUGCAGCACCACUAGCUGAAGAAGAACAUGUUUCUUCAGCAACAUCUAUAACAGAGUAUGACAAACUGUCUUCUUUACCCACUUCUGUUGCAGAAGAUCAGUCAGUGGCAUCCGUCACAGCACCUCAGACUGAAGACACUGGAAAAAGUUCCCUUGUCUUGGAUACUGUUCAACCGGUUACCCAGACAGAGGCCACCCAAGGAAAAGACUACCUACAUUCAGCUGGAACCAUCUCACCAACAUCCUCCUUAGAGGAAGACAAGUGUUUCAAAUCAUCUCCCUCUGAUGAAUCUCCACCACUUCCCUUAGAAGGCAAAACUGAGGGAAUUGAGAUGGCUGUCCAUUACGGUGAUGAAGAGGAGGAUGAAUAUGAGGAUCAAACACCAAAUGUUGACAUUUCACUUGGAAAGUUACAAGAAUCAUAUGCCUCACCUGAUAAACUUGAACACAAGGAGAAAGAAAUGGACAAACCCAAAAGUCCUGUGCCUUUAGUUCCUGAUACUUCAUCUGAUGAAAAAUCCUCACCACCUGAGAUGGAGCAGGCAUCAGUAUCACCUUCUAGGGAGGACUCAUCUUUUGAAGUACAAACAAUACUCUCCUCCCCAACGCACAGUGUUUCUAAGCUUCCUGUUACUGAGGCUAGUGUUUUUCCAGAUGUGGAAGACCGAUGCAUUAGCCCUGAUGACAGCACUGUAAAAAUGGCUUCUCCUACACAUUCUGGACCACCUAGUGCGUCUCACUCUCCCCUCAGAAUGUCACCCGUGGAAGGGAAGGAUAAAGUCCUCCUUAAAGAGACUCAUCAAGAACCAGGAGUGCCAGUUAGCCCCACUAAAAUUGAAUCUGAAAAGGAGAGUGUAAAACAAAAACCUAGUAUUUUAGAUGAGAAAGAAAUACCUCAAGCAGAGGAGGAAGAAAAGGAUAGAAUCCAGGAAGCAACCUCUGCACCAUCCCCACUUGUUGAUGACUUAUCAGCUAAAAAAGAAAGCCUACCAGUUCUACCAUCAAAAGAAAUAAGUGAUACAAAGGUAAUGCCUGAUCCAAGUGUUGAAAAGAAGGGCGAAGUUGAAGAGGACUUAAAAGAGAGCAGCAAGGCUGUAAUUCUUGAGGAUAAAGAUACCAAAUUAUCUGAUGAUCGUGACGUUGAAGAAACUUUAAAAUCGUCUACAGACAAAGAAGAGAAAAGAGAGAAGGAGAAAGAAAAGGACGGUGAGAGAGAUGACACUGAAGGGAAACAUAAGGAGGAAGACCAAUUAUUAAAGUAUGCAGAGGUUACAGAUAAAGGUGAUGUAAUAUCAGAACCAGAAAAAGCAGCAUUGCCCUCUAAAGAGGAUUUUGAUAAGAAAAAUGCUAAUGAAGAAGAGCUUCAAGGAAAGAUUUUUCCAACAGUUCUGGAAAGUUCUGAGAUAAAAAAACAGGAGAAAGAAGAAGAAGAAAUUCAGCCAGAGAAAGCCAAAAUAUCUUCUAAAUUGGACAAGGAAUCCAAAGAGAAAGAUCUGACUGAUAUAUCUUGUCAGUCCAUAGAAAGCCCAGAUAUCAAAGCAGAAACAUCAACAUCUCCUGAAGUAGCCAAAGCAUAUAUGGAGACACGAGACACUGUAGAGAAAGAUGUGACACCUAAACCGGAAAAGACCUCUGAGCAGAAAUCUGAAUCAACUGAUAUUACACCUGAACAGGUGGCUUUGGAGGAAACUGAUUCAUCUGUCUGUACAAGCCAAUUUAAGGAAGACACAGAUGGCCUCCAAUCUCAAAUACAACAAUUAAGUGAAAAAACAGAUGUUACACUGAAAGACGAAGAAAAGGUAGAAAGUAAAAGUGAGGCUGAGAAAAUGAUCUCAGCUGCCAAAGAACACGAAGACUCCCUCUCAAAACCAGAUGUUCAAUCUACAGAGAUGCAUGUAGAAGUGUCCAUUAUAGAGAAGGACAUGUCUGCUAAAGAUGAUCAAGAAUCUAAAGGGAUGUCAGCACAAGAGAUGAAACCUCAUACAUUAGAGGCAACUCUAAGUGAGACCGAAAUUACUCGUAAACAAGACGAAGACUUAAAGGAGAAGCUAUUGGAAGAAACGCAAACCACACAACAUUUGGAAAAAGCAGAUGUAUCAUACAAAGAAGAGCCUCAAAUAACACAUUCCGUCAUUUCACAGGACACAGAUGAAACUAGCCAAGAUAUGGAAACUGUAGUGGACACUAAAUCCAAAACACAAGUUUCCAUUUCAGACAAAAUGGAUUCCUUACCGAUAUUAGACCAAGAACCUAAAGACAAACAACCAGAAUUGAGCCAAGUUUUGCUGUCUGAAUCUGAGAAAUUAGAUUUGUCCUCUAAAGAUGAUCAAGACCAGAAAAACAAAGAGUUUGUGCUAACUAGCAAACCAGAUGAAGAGUCUACAGAAUGUCAGACUUAUGAAAAAAGAGAUCCGCAUACUAUCUCUAAAUCUGAUUUUGAUUCUGAAGUGAAGAGUGGACCCCAGACAAUAACACCAGAGAAAGAAGAUGUGCAAGCUAAAGAGGAUGAAAUAAGCAAAGGCAUAUCUGUCAAAUCUGAACAACCAGUUGAGUUUGAAGACAUUUCCCCAAAACCGUAUGAAUCUAAAGAUAAGUGUGUGGAGGAUACUCAACUUCAGAUAUCUACAGAUCAAUCAGUAUCUGAGAGUGCCACUACUAAAACCGACCAACAGUAUGAAGAAAAACACACUGAAAAGAUUGAAACUGAAGAACCUCAACCAAGCAUGGCGACAGAUGUGCCAUCUGACACAAAACAAGAACUUAAGGCAAUAUCUGUGGAAGAAAAGCCAGAACAGAUUCCAACAGAAUCAAAAACUGUGGAUUCAAAAUCAGAACACGAUACUUUAGGCACACUGAAGAAAACAGAUCUUCCCAUUGCAGAAGAUAAAACAACUGAUUCGAAAGUAAGCAAAGAGCCUGAGGAGAAAUUAAUGAAAAAAGAUGCAUCAAAAUUGGUGUCAGAUGAAUUAGACAGCAAAAUGGACUUGGGAGCCAAACCGAAAUCUUUGGUAGAAUCUUCAGAACAAAUGUUUGAGACCUCAGAUCUGAGUUGUAAAGAAAAAGUGGAAUUGAAAGAUGAACCUAAAGGAGAUAUCAAACAAGACGCAUCAUUACAUGAAACAGAUACGUUCCCAUCGUCAGACAUUGGAUUCAAAUUAAAUUUAGAUUAUAAAGAAAAGUUCAUUGAAGAAGCCUCCUCAACUGUGGAGAAAACAAAAGACACCAAGUCAACCUUUGAAACUACAUUUCCAACCAAAUUUUCAGAUGAAGAUGAAAGUACUGAGGAGGAUGAAGGAGAUGCUGUUUGUAUGGGAGGGGCUGGUUCAAGACCAUUAUCAGUGGAACCUUGGAAGUAUGAAGAACCAAAGGCAAGCAGUUCUGAGACAAGCAUGAAAAAAGAGGAAACUGUGGCCCAUUUAGAAAAAAAAGAGUUGACUAGAGAUUCCAGUGGAACAUCGCCUGAACCAGAGAAGGAGUGUAAGAUGGAUACCACAUCACUUACACCUUCUACUACAGAUACAAAUACUAAAGCUGUCUCCGAGACUCUAACUGAGAGCAAACCAACAAGUAUCACACUGCCCAGCUCUGACAGUCAGGCAAGUGUUGAAGAUGACCAACAUGAAACAUUGCUUUCUUCAAAGGAAGCUGUAAAACCUGAGAAGGAGGCUGAGAGGGAAAGGGAAGGAGAACGAGAGAUUGCCUCUCCAGGGUUAGAGUCACAUUCUGAUUUUCAAAAGACUGGCACUGGCACUGAUGAGAAAUGUGCUGAAAAGUCUGAUAGUGAGAAAAUGAAAUCUGAUGACAAGAUGACUUAUGAAGUGGAAAAAGAAAGCUAUGAAGCCUCUAAAUAUGAGCCAUAUGAAAAGCCUGUUUCAAAAGACACUGAGAGAGGAAGAGAGGAAGAGGACCAGUAUCCUAGUCUGGAUAGAGAUUUAGAUGACAACAGAAAAACAAGUCAGGCCACUUUGCUUGGAGCUGCUUGUUCAGUAGAGGAACAAAGUGAUGAAGAGCCAGUGUCUUUCAGCAAGGUUGAUUACCAGACCUCACCAGUUAUUCACAGCAGCCACAGUGCCUACUCAGAGCAAGACAAUAAAGAGCGAUACCAAGAAGAAGAACUGGUUAGAGAAGAGAGACCAGAUCUUUUUGUCGACAAUAAUCUUACAUAUGACAGCAAAGCCACUUCGGCAGCAGGUUCAAGCUUGUUUGCCUCAAGUGAUUUGCAAGACAAAUCAGAGAAAUUGGAAAGAGAAGAGAAGGAGAAGGAGAAGGAGGACACACAUUCUCCUCUUCAAGGAAAAGAUGAUGGAAGUCGUGUUAAACUGCCAGAUAAAGAGCCAUGUAUGUCUGCUUCCAGCCUUUCAAAACCUGAUACACAAGAGAAAGACCAUAAAGCAGAAGAUACACUGGCAACGCCUCAUGCAGAGGACCUGGACAAGACCAAAACCCAUGUGACUGAAGCUUCCCCUCCACAAGGGCUUUUUUCAUCGUCACAAGAUAAAAGUCUUCAGAGUCUAACAACUUCAUCAACAUCUGCUUCCGAUGAGAAAAAAAUGGAGAGUCCAGUCUCAAGUGAAGGUAACAAAGAUAAAAACAAACUGGAUUCAGCUGAAAGCCAAAGUGACCCGUUUUCUUCUGGUCGAUACUCGCCACCUGAAAAGGAUAUGCUUCCUGCCAGGUUAUCACCUGAAGAUCCCAGCACCGCCAGUCCUGGUUCUUCAGGUCAAUCCAUGAAAGUCGAUGACAACGUUCUUGCACUUGAGUGCACUGGAAAAACAGAUUCUCUUUCCAGCAAGUCAUUGACUGUGAGUGCAGAGACAGAUGAAUGCUUGGUCAGAAGCCAAAAAAUAUUAGCAGAAGAAGAGGAUGAUUAUGAGGAGGAGGAAGAGGAAGAUGCAAGUGACUUGGACAUUGAAAAGGGUGCCAGAGAGAUGUCUGAAAAAGAGUCCAAAGAAGCAUUUGAUACCAUGACUAUAUCUAAACCACUCGAAUCAAAACAAGAAGAUACUACUGGUUCCUUAGCAUCUGGAGCAUCUGCAGAAAAUCUACAGACAGAUACAACUGGAGAUUCAUCCACAAAAAAGUCCCCACAACAGAGCCUUUAUCAGUACCUGCAGAGCACAAGGAUAUAAUCAGCAAGGAGGAU